UGCUAUUCCUUUUCAGUUCAUGUCCAACUCCUCCUUACAUGAGUACUGCAAUCCGCUUUCUCCAAAUCUUUUUUCAAUAAAAAUCACAUAUAAUCCACUGUAACUAUCAAUUCUUCAGCUGAGUCAGCCUCUGAUCAACUGAAACAAGAAACGAGAAAUAAAACAAAAGGGACAAAGCCCUUUUAUGGAGACCACAAAGAGGUACCUAAACUAUCACCAAUCACCCUCCUUUGGCUCUUCCAUGAGAGAUGUCACUUACAGCUGUGGCUCUUGUGGCUAUGAGCUGAACUUGAGCUCUUCCAGCCGCAAUACCUCCAAAAUCGGAUCAAAGUAUGAUAAAUCCAUAAAGAAAGGGAUAAUAUCCUUCUUCUACAUCGAUGAAUCCAGAUUUACUCAAGUUGAAGUGUUAAAGUGUGUACCCAAUUUUAUCUUCAAGCACUCAUGGGGUUUGCUCCACCGGAAAAUGAAACUGCUGUGCCGUAACUGUGGUAAUCACAUUGGAGAUGCUUAUGAAGAUAAUGCCGCUCUUGUAACAAACGAAUCGGAUUUUUCCUCCAACAGUGAAAGCUCUAGCCAAAGAAAGUAUGACAUCAGAAUCCGCUGCUUGCAACCAUCUUCAGUUCAAGCUGUUACUCCUGUUUUGUGAUGUAUGUUCUCACAAAUUCGCGUAAAUCUGUACAGUGGGAAACCCUUCUCUUAUUCUGCAGUUUGUACACAUUUUUGUCAGGCAACAUUUAUAUAUCAGUUUCUGUAUAUUCGUUGACAAUUGUUUAACGUAUAAAAGCACAGCAAAACUAAUGGAGUUUUUUGGGAUUC